CAGCCAGAAAUGUCGACCAACCGUAUUUGUUUGCCACUUAGCCCGGUGCUCCGGCUGCUCCUGCUCGUCGGCUGUCUGGUGUCCUCGACCCGCGGCACCUGCAACGUCUGCAACGCCGUCAACAACCUGACCUGCUACUCCUCGACCCAGAUGCAGGCCUGCCAGGUGGACGUCCUGUCCACGGCCACGCCCGCCGACUGCCCCAGCGGCUAUGUCUGCGUCAGCGGAUCGAGCGGGGUGCUCUGCCAGGAGGAGGCAUCCGGCAGCCAGUCGGCGGACUGCCAGGAGUGCAACAAGUGCGAUGCCACAAACACAUUCGCCUGCACCGGAACCCAGAGCUUCGCCCUCUGCCUGGGCACCGACUCCGUCCAGGACUCGAUCGGAACCUGUGCCUCCGGCUAUGUGUGCAACAUAAACGACACACAGAUAUGCGGUCUGCCAGCGGAUGGGGUGAUGCCGACGUGUUCCUAUGCCAAUGACACAACCACCAGUACCAGCAGCACCACCACCUCCACCACGGCGGCGACACCUUCCACGAGCAACGCAGCCACUUAUUGUGCGGCAGUUCAGUCGCAGGGAAGAUAUGCGGUUGGCUAUAAUACGGGUACGACCUGUCGCCAGUACAUCUACUGCACCCUGGUUGGCGGAAGUUGGGUCGGGGAGACCUAUACCUGCCCGGGAUCCAUGUACUUCGACAGUUCCUCCUCGAUGUGUGUGGUCAGCAUACCGUCCACCUGCUCCACCAGCGCCCCCACCCCAACCACGACGACUGCUGCUCCCACUACAAGUAACCCACAGGCAUAUUGCCAGGCAAUGCAAUCCGCGGGAUACUAUCCGGUGGGUACGGAUGUCAGCACCACGUGUCACCAGUACAUCGACUGUUUCCUAAACGGCGGCUCCUGGUUCGGCAGUAUGUACACCUGUCCCGGAUCCCUCUACUACGACAGUGCUGCCAAGACCUGUGUCUCCACAAUACCAUCCACCUGCUCCACCACCGUAGCCAGUUUAACCCUCAAGGGAGUUGCUCUAGUUUAA